AAAUUAUGUCUUACGGAAAUAAGAUAAUCCCAAGUGUUCCCAAAUUCACAGAGUUCAAAGACUACACUUCCAGUCAAGUUUUGUAGAUGCACACACCCCAUUUAUUAUAGAAAUAACAUAAAUAAGAUCUAGUCUUAUCAUCCGACUAUUAAAUGGAAGUAGAACCCUCCAAAAAAUAUACAUUAUAAUCAGCACAUAUGCAGCUAACUGGUAAAUAGGAUGAAUAUUAAAGGACAUCAGAGUGAAGUGUAUUGUGUAAAGUACUCUCCAAAUGGAGACUAUCUAAUAACAGCUGGAUUUGAUAAGAAAAUAUUAAUUUGGGACAUCUAUAACAAUUGUACUAAUCUGGGAAUUUUGGGAAGUCAUAAAAAUGCUAUUCUUGAUGUUGCAUGGUAAUAUGAUGGAGUGAGAUUAUUCACAGCAUCAGCUGACAAGACUGUACAAAUUUGGGAUAUGGAAACAUAUUUACCCUUAAAAAAAUUGAAGGGACAUUAAAGUUAUGUUAAUUGUUGUUAUCCUUCAAAAAGAGGACAAGACCUUUUGGCAACUGGAGGAGAUGAAGGUUAUACAAAAGUAUGGGAUUUAAGAACAAGAAAAUUAGCUUUUGAAAUUCAAGGCAAGGUAACUCUCUUUUUUUAAAUCACUUCAGUAUCCUAUCACAAGUGUUUGUUUCACUGAAAAUGGAGAGAGACUCUACACUGCCUGUUUGGACAAUAUCAUUAGAUGUUAUGAUGUUAGAAAAUAAGAAAUUGAAUACACUUUAGAUAAUCACACAGAUACUGUCACUGGUUUAGCAAUUAGUAAUGAUGGUUCCUACUUAUUGAGUAAUUCAAUGGAUAUGACUGUUCGUACCUUUGACAUUAGGUACAAUAUUAAUAUUAAAUUAAGACCUUAUGUUUAAGGAAAAAAUAGAUAAGUUAGGGUAUUCACAGGAGCAACUGCAAAUACUGCCGAAAAGAACUUACUUAGAUGUGCAUGGAGUCAUGAUGAUUCUUAUGUGUCUGCAGGAUCUGCUGAUAAGAAUGUUUAUAUUUGGGAUUUUAACUCAAAGAAGGUUAUUCAUAAAUUAGGAGGCCAUCAAGGCACUGUAUUGAUUCAUAUAAUUUAAUUAGGUCAAUGAAACAGCAUUUAGUCCAAAGGAUAAAUUAAUAGCCUCAGCUAGUAAUGAUAAAACAGUAAUAAUUGGUGAAAUUCCAGAAGUAACUUUGUGA